GAUAUACUGUAAUUAUUAUUACAUAUUAUAUUGUCAAGGAUAUACUGUUAUUUUAAAUAUUAAAUAUGUGUUAUUAUACUAUGUUUGUGUAAAAUGUGAGUGGAAAUAUGUGUUUUGGGAUAGAAGAAACAUCAAUAGAGAAGUUUUAUUAAAUCAACAAAAACAAUGACUACCGAAAUUAAAAAGAAUAUGACCGAUGAUGAACGUUUAGCUUUAGCUGCAAAAUUAGAUAGAGAAUUAGAGGAAUUUAUUGAUGGUCUCGAGAAGAAACGAUAUUCAGAAGGAUGGCCUGAAGACCGAUGGGAAGAAGAAAUGGAUAAACAUCCUUUCUUCAUGAAAAAAGCACCAACUCCAGGCGAAGAAUUGUCUCCUCUCAUGGCCGGUUUGCAAGAACUAAAGUUUGAUCCAGAGAAUAACACUCCUGAAGAGUUAGCACAAAAGUAUAAAGAUGAUGGAAACUUUGAAUUCAAACAUAAAAAUUAUAGAUUAGCAAUCAUCAAUUACACCGAAGGCAUCAAAGCUAAAUGUGAUAACUCUGAAUUAAAUGCAACAUUGUACAACAAUAGAUCAGCUUCACAUUUUUAUCUAAAAAACUACAGAUCUGCAUUAAAUGAUUGUAUUUCUGCUUUGAUAAUAAAACCGGAUUAUUUAAAAGCAAAAAAACGUGCCAUCGAGUGUGCAUUCUGCUUAAAAGAUUAUGAGCAGUGUAUAAAAUUUUGUGACGAUUAUUUAGUUGGUGAUAACGAUCAUGAUAUUUUGAAAAUGAGGAUUAAAGCUGUUGAACAUAAAACAAAAGCGGAAAGAGAUAAAAGAAAGCAGGCCAUGCAAGAAAUUAAGGAAAAACUUGCAUUGAAGACUACGGUAGAAAUUUUAAAUGAACGUAAAAUUAAAUUUUUUGAUAAGAAAUUGCUUUGCGGUGAUUUAAAAUAUGUUCCACAACCUAAUUAUGAACCUAUACUAAAAAAUCCUAUAAAUGUUAAAAAUAAUAUAUUACACUGGCCAAUAUUAUUUCUUUAUCCGGAAUAUCUAACAAUAGAUUGCUUGCAAAGCGUUCCAGAAGCAACUACCAUUAAUGAUAAUCUUCAAGAAAUCUUUGGAGAGAAACCAGAUUGGGAUGUUAAAAACGAAUACAAACCUGAAAAUUUAAAUGCUUAUUUUGAAAAUAGAUAUCUCGGACAAGUUUUUCUACUAAGCAAGACUUUAACUCUUGAACAAAUUACUACUCAAAAGAAUUUUAUUGUGUAUGAUGGCGCUUUAAGCUUUUAUAUUGUGCCCAAAGAUUCACAAGCAGAAAAAGACUUUGUUAAUCAGACACGUAUUCAAAAUGUCAUUGCUAUAAUUUUAUUUGCCACAAUGGUACCUGUGUAUAAAGAAAGUCUUUUGGACUACGAUUUUUUGAUUUUGCGCUCAUUUAUAAUUUUCUUAAAUGAUGAUGAAGAAUCUGGAUUAUCAAUACUGUAUAGUGUUGCAAGUUUUAGUCUUGCUUCUUGUGCAGUUCUCAUUUUUGGAACUGUGUAUGUAAGUUGA